CCAAAUCAUAUAAACCUGGGGGCCUCACACCUUCAUCAGGGUCAAAUUUCUUGGGCAAAUCAGAGCAGCCUCUUCGGGAAACGAUCGCAAGGAAGAAAACACAACUGGGAGCGCAGCACAUCGCCGAUAUUUUGCUGUCUGGAAUUAUAAACCUCUUUACGGCCUAUUUCACCUCGGUUGAAGUCUCUUACAGAAUGACGACAAUGUAAAAGUUGGUGGCUACGUCUGGCUAGACUCGUUAAUGCUUUCGGGGGGGAUACAUAUUUAAGUCUUGAAUGAGUUCUGUUGGCUGUAGAUCCCCGAGCAGAGACCGUUUUGGGGCAGCAGCAGAGACAGAGCGAGGGAAAACACGGCAACGACCACAUUUGUUAUCCCGCUCAACAUGAACCUCAUCGGGGGCUACCAGCAUCACCACCACCUGAUGCACGAACCCUUCCCGUUUGUCCAGCGGUGUCACCAGGAUGCGCCGUAUUUCCAGAGCUGGGUGGUGAACCACGGCGAGAUGCCCCCGGACUUCCAGAUCCAGGCGCCCUACCCGGCCGCGGAGCUCGGGGCGCCGGGAGAGACGCACGACGCCCGGCUGGAGGGGCUCCAAGCGGGGAUGGGGAAGAGGCGAACGUCGGGGCCGAAGAAGGAGCGCCGGCGGACGGAGAGCAUCAACACAGCUUUCGCCGAGCUGAGGGAGUGUAUCCCCAACGUCCCAGCGGACACAAAACUGUCUAAAAUUAAAACUUUACGCCUGGCGACCAGUUACAUCGCCUACCUGAUGGACGUCCUGGCCAAAGACUCCGGGGAGACGGAGGGCUUUAAGGCCGAAAUUAAGAAAUUUGAAAACCGGGAUAUGAAAAGGAAACGGGAGCCGACUGACGGCCUGCAGGAGUCAUUAGGAGCCGAGAAGAAGGUGAAGGGCCGGACCGGGUGGCCGCAGCAGGUCUGGGCUCUGGAGCUCAACCAGUGACGCCCCUCCUCCUCCUCCUCCACCUCCUCCUCCUCCUCCUCCUCCUCAGAGACUCUGGAUUCAAAUCAGAUAAAAAAAAAAAAAAACCACUGACUGACUGAACCUAAACACACCGCUGUGCACGUGCAAUGAUGCGCAAAAAGAGAGAAUUACAAGACAACAAGCAAACGAGGUGAACUGCGAAGGAAAAACACCGCGAUGGACUCUUUGUUGAUCUUCUGUUUCUCCUGGUGUGGGUUUCUAACUCGACACACAAAUCCGACUGUAGGUGUUUGAUAUUUGUGGUAUUUCUGCUUUUUGAUGCCCCCCCUUAGUACUGUAGACCAGAUGUUGCCACGGUGUCAAAAAACAUCUGCCCCCCCGAAAAAAAAAAAAAAGUGUUUUUAUCUGGCAUAGAGUUGGUGGUGAUUUCCACAUUUAAUGAGCAGAAAAUAAAUAAUUAUAACAAAAUGCGUAGUGGAGUAAAUGAGUGGGGUUGUAAUUGCAGAAGUGAACAAAUUAAACUAUUUUCUGAUUACAUUUUUUUUUUUUUUUUAUGGGGGGGGGAUUAUUUCGGAUAUGACGCCAGAUCACAGCCCCACGAGCCGCACUGCAGAAGAUUUAUGUGCUGAUCUUCCGGUGAGUUUCCAGGAGGUGACAGGUGUUGAUCAGCAGAUUUUUUCGUCCAAUCAGAAAACAGUUAUGACACUCAAUUAUCUCCACUUUAAUUUGUAGUUUUAGAAGCAGUUCUGGGAUUAUUUUUAUUCUGUUUUUUGCUGAGUGCUGGCAGCGUGCUGAGUUCAACGCCGCUGGGAAAUUAAAUUAUCGUGAAGGCAAACGAUUUUGUUUGUUAUAUUUUAUUUUAUUUUAUUUAAUUACUGCAGUCUGGCCUGGAAACUUUCUAUAGUUUGUACAUUUUCAAGUACGAAAAAAAUUACUUAACAUCCCACAUGCAUGAUGAACGUCACGUGAUGUUAAGUCAAAAGUUGACAUUUUGAUUUUAUAAUAUUAAAGAAUUAAUAAUUGAAGCUAAUUAUAAAUACCGGAUAAACAAUCUAAUGUAUUGCCUGAUUUGGAUUCCAACUACACAGGCUUUUUUUGUAAAGUAAUUUCCUUUAAGAACGGAAAAAAAUAAUAAAAACGAAAACUACCCAGCAAGACUAGAAAUAAUUUCUGAGCCUAGAAGGAAACACAUUUUUUGAAGGGAAACUUUUUUUUUCUGUCACUUUUUCAUUCCGCUAAAUUUGGCGCAGCCUGAAUAUCUAAAAUAUUAUUAUCCCAGUAAUGUUACUGUACUGUAAACUAUACCGGCUGUUGUUGACGUUUCUUGUAGAACAUUAUUGAAUUUACUGAAUCUACCUCAAAAUUAAUGUCACUGUCCGCUCUGAGGAGACGAACACUAGACUGAAUGUUGAGCUGACGCACAGCUUUCACUCCGACAUGUAAAACACUAAAACUAAUAAACGGAUUAAAGGUUUAUUACUGUGCGAAAUGUUGAUGCAAAUGUACAUUGGAUGUGAAGUUAUAUAUAGUUCCGUAAAUAAAUGAAUUAUUUUAAGACACUCCA